UGUCCGUGCAGUGAAAAGGUGGAUUGGUUGAAAUGGAUGAAGUGAAUGGAGAUACACUGCAGCCACUGUCUCUGAAGGAGUACCACGUCUCAGAGGAAUAUGGCUUUGCUCUGCCUGACCCAUUGGAAGUCUUGCCUCCAUAUUAUCAACCUUGGAUGGAAAUAGCCAGAAAUGUGACUGAGCUCAUCUAUUCACAUUCCCUACGGGACCAUGUGCAUGAGAUGCCGGAGCUGGAGACGGAGCUGCUGCUGGACCACAGGGAGCUGCGCCUGGCCCACCUCGCCCUCAGCAUCAUCACCAUGGGAUACGUCUGGCAGGAGGGGGACAACCAGAUAGUCAAGGUGUUGCCUCGGAACCUAGCAGUGCCGUACUGGUCCGUAUCACAGAAGCUGGGUCUCCCUCCCAUCCUGACCCAUGCAGAUGCCACCCUAGCCAACUGGAAGAGAAAGGACCCCCAUGGUGAAAUCAAUAUGGAGAAUGUGGAUCUGCUGUUCUGCCUCCCUGGUGGGUCCCCCUUCCAUGGCUUCUUCAUGGUCAACUUGAUGGUGGAGCUAGCUGCGGUCCCAGCCAUAAAGGCUGUCCCUCAGGCCAUCAACGGGGUCAAUCAAGGUGACGUUGCCACGGUAACUGAGGCUCUGAACUCCAUCAGCGUGUCCUUGGAUGACGUGGUCGAAGCUCUCAAGUUGAUGCACCAUUAUGUGGACCCCUCUGUUUUCUAUGGCAUCAUGAGGAUCUAUGGAUCAGGGUGGAAGGACAACCCGUUGAUGCCAGAGGGACUGGUCUAUGAGGGGGUGCAGGUGGAGCCCCUAGAGUUCUCCGGGGCAAAUGGGGCACAGAGCAGCCUCCUACACUGCUUUGAUGCACUGCUGGGGGUCAGGCAUGAAGGGAGCAGUGGGGCUUUUCUGACGCGCAUGAGGUGCCAGCACAUGCUUCCGGCUCACGCUCACUUCGUGGAGGAGGUGUCUCGGCGGCGUCCGGGCGUGCGGGACUUCGUGCGGGAGCAGGGCGACGAGGAGCUGAGCGAGGCCUACGAGAGAUGUGUCCAUCGCCUGGUGGCCGUCAGGAAUUACCACCUCAAGCUGGUGGCUCGCUACAUCACCCUGCCCGCCUCACAAGCACAGAAACUGCGGCUGUAUGGGGCGGAUGCGAAUGAGGACAACACGGUCUCGCAAGCGCCCACCGCCCUUGAGAAGCGCGGCACCGGUGGCUCCGGCAUCAUGAGCUUCCUGAAGACUGUACGCAACCGCACGCGUGCCGUUACCGAUUGGUCCACCACGUCCACCGCCUCACAGUCAAAGCCAACAGAAACACAGGAGGAGCACAGUGGGCGGGUCACUGUUGGAGUGAAAAAUGGAGGCAGAGUUGAAAACGGGGGUGGAGCCUCACAGAAGAACCAGGAAGAGAGUUUGUCGUUCCUUAGCUGGUUAACCUCAAAGCUCUGGCAGCCGUGAGUGAGGCUUGGUAAGACACCUGGGGUGUUACAAUACACGUGAACAGAAAAACUGCUUACACAAAGUGCUUCCUGUUGUUAACAGAAAUAGAGUCACAGAUGAGGAUGGCCCCUUCCCAUAUUUGCCUUA